GGCCGAGGCGGGGCAUCGCCCAGUCACUGGAUUCUUUGUUGACACUUCCUGGUUAAGUCGGGUGAGAGUCUGGUGAACGGAGCCGGGUCGGUGAAGGAAAGUCGUAGCCAUGACGCCCGUAGGCAUCUCUGUGCCAGUCAUCGUGAUGAGCGUGUUCUGGGGGGUCGUUGGCAUUUUUUUCCCCUUCUUCAUCCCCAAAGGUCCCAGUAGAGGUAUUAUCAUCGUCAUGCUGGUAGUCAGUUCUGUUUGCUGCUAUCUCUUUUGGCUGAUUGCUUUUCUGGCCCAGCUCCACCCUCUCUUUGGACCAGAGUUAAAAAAUGAAACCAUCUGGUAUCUCUCAUAUCACUGGCCUUGAGGAAGACGAUGAUCUGUGUGACUCUGUCAUCUAGGAACCCUUGACAUACACAGAGUCUGAUCCCUGGUAUUGAUGCUCAUACCAACCUCCACAGCCUCUACUCUGCCGACCUUAAUUAGAGCUCCAUGAGUCCUCCAUUUCCAGCUCAUCUCCAGUCUCUCCAAAGGCUUGGAAAGAAGAGAAAGUGGCUCUGACUGUCAGAGAAUGUGAACUAGGAACAUUUCUUCAAAUCCUAUUUCCAUAUUAUUCAUUUUUGAAAUAGUCAAUCUUUUAAAAAAACAAACCCCUAGGGAGAAUACAAUGGAGAAUGGGGGGAAAUAGAAGUGGUCAGGUUGUGAAUUUUUUUUAAUAACUUUUUUUUUUUGCAGAGGACAUACCAUUUUAUACAAAGUAAACCCUUCUCCCAAAGAAGGACUAGGCAAAAAUACUAAUCAAUUGAGCUUUGUGUUGUAUGUUAGUUUAAAAAAGGUGAUGUGUAAAAUAAGGGGGAAAAGUUAAAAAAAACACUUUUAUGAUGGAUUUUGUAAAUAGAUUUGUUACAGGAUGACCUGUUCUCUAGCUGUGAUCUUACCACUUCAAAUGGAUGUAAUUUGAAUAAAUUUUGAAUGGAAAA